CUCCAGUCCUCAGCUAAAAGACCCGCUUCCACUGGCUGCUCUCAUUGCAGUCCAGUCUGCCAAGCGGAGCGCAACGGACUGAGCGCGCACACACCGCAUCCUCUCACGGAUUUACAUCGUUCAUUUCGCCUUCAAGCAAAGCAGCAAUUGGAGUCACAUCUUUCCGUUUUGGACAAUGUUUCUCCUGCAGUACACAGGACUCAACUCUCUGCCCUUUGACCCUGCGACCAGCUCAGAUCCUCUGCAGUUCAACAGUUCCCUGGUGAGCGAGUGUCCUCCUUUAGAGAACGGAGCAGAGAACAGCAAGAAGAGGAAGAGGUCCACUCUGCCUUCAGCAGAAGUGAUCCACAACUUGCCCAUGGACUCCAGCCCGAUGGCAAUGCCCAUGUCAGAUCCCAGUGCCUGGGCCACAGCCAUGAACAAUCUGGGGAUGUCUCCUCUGGGACUGAGCACACAGACUCUAGUGCCAGACUAUGAGCCAAAUGUGGGCCUGAUGCCUGACUUCAGCCCCAUGAAUCCACUCAUGCCUGGUCUGGGUCUGGUACCAGAUGUCCCUGUCGUCAAGGAGAUCAUCCACUGUAAAAGCUGCACUCUGUUCCCUCCCAACCCCAAUCUCCCCCCUCCAGCCACCAGGGAGCGCCCACCUGGAUGUAAGACAGUGUUUGUGGGCGGUUUGCCAGAGAAUUCCACAGAGCAGACCAUUGAGGAGGUCUUUGGUCCAUGCGGAGAGAUCAUCGCCAUCCGCAAAAGCAAGAAAAACUUCUGCCACAUUCGCUUUGCAGAGGAGUUCACUGUGGACAAGGCUCUUUUCUUAUCUGGUUACCGCAUCCGCAUGGGCUCCAGCACAGACAAGAAGGACAGCGGGCGUCUCCAUGUGGACUUUGCCCAGGCCAGAGACGACUUGUACGAGUGGGAAUGUCACCAACGCAUGUUAGCCAGAGAGGAGAGGCACCGGCGCAAGAUGGAGGAGGAUCGACUGAGACCGCCUUCCCCUCCUCCCAUCGUCCACUACUCGGACCAUGAGUGCAGCCUGCUGGGGGACAAGAUCAAAGACGAUGUGAAGUUUGCUGAGGCGGUGCGGGUGCUUCUGACCUGGCUGGAGCGAGGUGAAGUCAAUCGCAGAAACGCCAACAACUUCUACUCUAUGAUCCAGUCGUCCAACAGCCACAUCCGCAGACUGAUGAGUGAGAAAGCCCAGCAUGAGAAGGAGAUGGAGGAGGCCAAGGAAAAGUUCAAGAGUGCACUGGCCGGGAUACUGGGCCAAUUUGAACAGAUUGUGUCUGUAUUCCAAGCUGCUUCCAAACAAAAGGCAUGGGACCAUUUCUCCAAAGCUCAGCGCAAGAACCUGGACGUUUGGCGCAAGCAAGUACAGGAGAUCAGAAACAUGCACAAUGACGAGCUGAUGGGGAUCAGGCGAGAGGAGGAGAUGGAAAUGUCUGACGACGACAUGGAAGAUCUCCCCAGCAGCAAACUCUCAGAGGACUCAGUUGUAUCCCAAGCUGAAGCCUUGAAGGAGGAGAAUGACUCUCUGCGCUGUCAGUUGGACGCCUACAGGAACGAGGUGGAGCUCCUCAAGCAAGAACAGAACAAAAAUCAGCCCCAGAGAAGUGAAGAAGAGAAUACGCACUCACAGCAACUCAGCUUCCUCCAGCAAGCUCUACAGGGCAUGCAGACGCAACUCUUAAAAAUGCGUGAGGACUUGAAACAGCGUGAGUCAGAUCUGGAGAAGAGUUUGGACGACAAACAGCAGCUCAAGAAAGAAGUCCAGACCCUGAAGGAAGGUCUGCAAAAUCUACAGAAUCUACAACACACAGAGGGAAUGCAGCUGGAGACGUCGCAAGAAGACGACAGAGGCGCAGAGGAGAACGCUGAUCAAACCGCUGACGUGUCUGUAGCGUCCACAGUGGUGUCAUGCAGUCAGGAGAAAGAAGCUCCAACAGACAGGAGUCCACAGAGCCCUGUCCAGUCAGAGAGAGAGGCCCUGCUAGUCGGAAUCAUCUGCACGUUUCUGCACGUUCACCCGUUCGGAGCCAGCCUUGAGUACAUCUGCUCCUACCUGCAGCGUCUGGACUCCAAGAUCACCACGAGUGAAGUGGAGGCACUGCUCUCGCGGCUGCCCUGCACCUUCAGACAGGAGCUGACUGGAGUAGGAGCCAGUUUAGAGAAACGCUGGAACUUCUGUGGAUUUCAGGGCAUCAACAGUUUAUAGACUACUCCCCAACAAGGAAACAUGGGACAUUAUUCUGGUACGAAAGACUGACCGAACUGAACAGGGGGCUGACAACCUGGAGACCAUCCUUCUUAAAACUUAAACCUCUUGUUUAGAUGUUUAUGCCAUUUGUAAAACUAAAUAAAUGAAUUUAAUUAUUGUUGACUGCUUUAGUG